CGCCCCAUCGCGCCCCGCAUGCGGCCCCUCCCGCCGCCAUGGCCUCCGCGGAGGAGCGGGCCUGCUGCGUGGUCAGCCUCCACGGCCCCCCCGACCCCCCCGGCCAGCCCCGCAGCUGCAGCGGGGUGACCCUCAGCCGCCAGCCGGGGCUGGUGCUCUGCCACGCCGCCAUCUUCGCCCCCUUCCUGCGCCACGGACCCGACGCCUGGGCGGCCGCCCGCUGCCUGCAGCCCGACGCCCUCCAGCCCGGCCUGCGCCUCCUCGUCCUCCACCCCGAGGCCGGCAGCUUGCAUCAGCAGGAAGCCCGGCUACUGGCCCUGGUGCCCUGCGGCCCCUUCCAGCGGGCGCUAGCGCAGGCCUUCGGGCAAGCUGAGCAAUGGCGCUUUGGCGGGGAGGGGGCGGGGGACGACGGGCGGGCCCUGCACUGGUUCGCCUGGCUGCGGGUGCCCGGCCUCGACACCCCCGGGGGAGGCUGGACGGCCUGGGCCAGCACCGGCUGCCUGCGGAAGGGCGAGGGGCUGGUGGCCUGCGGGUCGCCCUUCGGAGCCCUCUGCCCCGACCUCUUCCUCAACACCCUGAGCAGAGGGGUGGUGAGCAACCUGGCGGGCGAGGAGAAUGCCCUGGUCCUGACGGACGCACGCUGCCUGCCCGGCACCGAGGGCGGCGGCGCCUUCCAGCCCUCGCCCACCGGCCCACGCUUGGUGGCCGUCAUCGCCGCCUCCUUCUGCUGGAAAGGCGCCGAGUGGGUCGGGCUCACCCUCCUCUGCUCCCUGGCCGCCAUCCUGCGCAGCAGCGCUGACCUCCUGGCCGCAGCCGGUGUGGCGGUGCCGCCAGUGCCGGCGGGGGUGGCCGCCAUCGGGGCGGGAAGCGGGCAGGACCCACUGCGCUGGGCGGCGCUGGUGGAGUGUGGGAUGACGUGGGGCUCGGGGGUGCUGCUGGGCCCCCGCCUGCUCCUCACCUGCCGGCACGUGGUGGAGGCGGGUGACAAGAUCCGUGUGAUGCCGGCACCCGCUCCCGGACGGGCUGCCACCAUCCUCGAGGGGCGCGUGGUGUUCGCCACUCAGGAGUCGUCCCCCUUCGACGUGGCAGUGGUGGAGCUGGAGGAGAGCGUGAUGGGCUUCGUCCCCCCAUGUCCCGCGGACUCCUUCCGACCAGGAGAGGAGGUGAUGGUGGUGGGCUUCGGGGCGCUGGGGCGGGCGUGCGGCCCCUCGGUGACGGCAGGGGUCCUCUCGGCUGUGGUGGCGGUGGCCGGGCGCCCUGUCAUGCUGCAGACCACCUGUGCUGUCCACGGGGGCUCCAGCGGCGGCCCCCUUGUCUCCUCCCGCAGCGGAUGCCUCCUGGGGAUCGUGGCCAGCAACACCCGGGACACCAGCGCUGGGUCCACCUACCCCCAUCUCAACUUCUGCAUCCCCGUCACCGUCCUGCAGCCCCUCCUCACCCGCUACCGCCGCACCGGCCACCCCAGUGCCUUCGCCGGGCUCAACCGUGCGGGCGAGGGGGUGCGGGCGGUGUGGCGGCUCCAGCAGCACCUGGGACCCCCCAGCAAGCUCUGACACCCUCCCCGCUCCUGGGCGGAGGGGGGCUUACACCAAGGGGGGGGAGCUGCCGCAUCCCCUCUUUGGCCCCAGCGGUGUCAGGGCCGAGUGCUGGGACCCCGCAGGGACGGCCAAGGGUGGG